CAUGAGGUAAAUAAACUUCUGUUCUUUAUAGAUUACUCAGUCUGUGGUAUUCAAUUAUAGCAACAAAAAAGUAGGCUAAGACAGAGUGUUUUCUAUAUGAAGGCAACAGAAUGGAGAGUAGCUGCACUUUUCACUUGGAAAAAGACAGACAACCAAGGUAUUAAACUUAUGAAUGUCAAUGCUGGAACUGAAGUGUAAUUUACAUUUUUAUUGUCUCAAUGUGAGGAAAACCAGACCUUCCUAUUUGGAUAGCCAGAAAAGCUGAGAAGCUACCCAGGACUCUUGGGUGGUUCAGAUCCUUUUCUCACUCAUUUAAACACUUCUCUUCCCUUUGCCCCAGAAAUUUGCAGUACUACUACGCAGCAUGUUUUCAGUUUAAAGCCCCAUGUGUGGAGAUGCGCACUGGCUACUGCAUGGAAUUUUGUAUCCUGAAGACUUUGAUCCUUUGAUGGAGCAAGGAUGUUGGUGUUCAGAAGAUUAUAUCAGGGUAUGGUGGCCAAGAGAAGCUGACUAUCCAUCAUCCCCCCCAAAUAUGGAUGAUCUGAAGAUAGAGGUUACUUGAAUCCUUUCUUGUAAAGAGGAACUGGAAGACAUUGCAGCUGUUCACUCAUGAGACAGAUGAGUCUCUCACUGAUUUCCAUCAGUGAUUUGUUCAGAUAUUCUAAAACAUUUAUUGGCGUGAGUCCAAGGUCUUAUAAAAAUUGUCCUCUGUUUCUAACCACCUUUAUUUUAGCUCUUUUACUGACUCUCCAAACCCAAGUUAAAGGAAAGGUAGGAUGGCAGAAGCAAACUAUUACUCAAAUCUUAGCAGCAGCUACUCAGUUUUGGGAUAAUCUAAGAACAAAAAAGAAAAGAAGAGAUUAAAGUCUGCUGUGUUCUCUGCUUAGUUAGAACUUUUUACUGAAGGUGAAAUGACCAAUCCAGAAAGGGAAGAAAGAAAGAUGGAAAGCUCUAUGUUGUUACUGCAAAAAGCAAGGGCGCUGGAAAAGGAACUGCCGAAGGACACUCUGGAUGAUGCAGCAACUACAAAGGUAGGAGAAUGAGGAGAGCCUAGAACAAAGCUUUCAGCUAGGAAAUACUUGCCAAAUGAUUCAAAAUGGAUAAAUUGAGGGAAUCCCAAAGGUGGGAACUAGUGGACUGUAAUGUGUCAAUAACUUUUCCCAUCUGGUGACAGGUUAAUGCAGGCUAUGGAUAUUUGGGUCAGCCUUCUACUUGUCCCCUUUCCUCUGUAGUUCCUUUGAUAGACAUAGGUCCUUUGACUAAGAAACAUGUGUUCUUCAUUUCUCCUGAAUCGCCUAUAAACCUACUGGUGAGGAAGCUGCUGUGCAACUUAAUAGAUACCAUAUUUUGUCCUGCGGAGGAAGUGUCUGUGGAGCUUUUUGGGAAAAGGCACCUGAUUUGGACACUAUGUACUUCUGAAAGAAAAGAGGUAUGGCAAAGAGUGGCAAAGAUUCUUAGACACAACACCAAAAACAGGACCCAUAUGGAAAAAAAUAAACAAACUGAACUUCAUAAAAAAUGAAAAAAAUUGCAUUUCAAAAUAUUCCAUUAAGGAAAUGAGAAGACAAGCCACAGAUUGGGAGAAAUAUUGGCAAAUCAUAUUUCUGAUAAAGCAAUUGUAUCCAGAAUACAUUAAGAACUCUUACAACUCAAUCAUAAUAAAGAUAAUAAUCAGACAACUGAAUUUAAAAGUAAGCAGAAGACUUGAAGGAGCAUUUAAUCAAAGGGAAUGACAAUACUGGAUUAAUUUGAGAUACAAAAAAUAGCUUAUCAGCUUUCCGCCAUCUUUCCGUGCCGCCACAAUGGCACACGUGAAUGUCCUGGCUGAUGCUCUCAAGAGCAUCAGCAAUGCCGAAAAGAGAAGCAAACGCCAGGUGCUUAUUAGGCCGUGCUCCAAAGUCAUCGUCCGGUUUCUCACUGUGAUGAUGAAGCAUAGUUACAUUGGCGAAUUUGAAAUCAUUAACGAUCACAGAGCUGGGAAAAUUGUUGUGAACCUCACAGGCUGGCUAAACAAGUGUGGUGUGAUCAGCCCCAGAUUUGAUGGGCAACUCAAAGAUCUAGAAAAAUGGCAGAAUAAUCUGCUUCCAUCCCGCCAGUUUGGUUUCAUUGUACUGACAACCCCAGCUGGCAUCAUGGACCAUGAAGAAGCAAGAUGAAAGCACACAGGAGGGAAAAUCCUGGGAUUCUUUUUCUAGGGGUGUAAUACUUACAAAUAAAAUGCCUCCUGGACAAUA